AUAGGAAACGGGAAAGCUCUCUGGUUUCUGGCUUCACGCGUUCUCGGUUCCACGACGCCGGACAGUCACUGAGUUUGUACCGGGGAAAGAAAUCUACCCAUUUAGCAGGAGAUUUACUGUAGUGUAUACAGAGAUGGGCUGGGGAACUGACCUGUGGGACCAGUUUGAGAACCUUGACAAACACACACAAUGGGGUAUCGACUUCCUGGAGCGCUAUGCAAAGUUUGUGAAGGAAAGGCUGGAGAUUGAGCAGACCUAUGCAAAACAGCUGAGGAACCUGGUGAAGAAAUACUGUCCAAAGCGUUCCAAGGAUGAAGAGCCCAGGUUCACAUCGUGCCUGUCAUUCUAUGCCAUCUUGAACGAGUUGAACGACUAUGCGGGUCAGCGAGAGGUCGUUGCUGAGGAGAUGGGGCACAGUGUUUAUGGCGAGCUGAUGCGGUACUCGCAGGACCUGAAGGCUGAGAGAAAACAUCACCUUCAGGAGGGAAGGAAAGCGCAGCAGAAUUUGGAUCAGUGCUGGAAACAAAUGGACAAUAGCAAGAAGAAGUUUGAACGAGAGUGCAGAGAAGCUGAGAAAUCCCAGAUGCUCCAUGAGAGGUUAGACAAUGACGUCAACGCUACAAAGUCUGAGGUGGACAAGGCCAAGUCACAGCUGUAUAUGAGAAACCACAUGGCAGAUGAGAGCAAGAACGAAUAUGCUGCUCAGCUGCAGAGCUUCAAUUCUGAACAGUGGAAGCACUUUAACGUGGCCAUCCCUCAGAUCUUUAAAAAUCUACAGGACAUGGAUGAGCGUCGGACGGUGAAACUGGGCGAGACGUACCGGAGCUUUGCUGAGGUGGAGAGGAAAGUCAUUCCCAUCGUUUCCAAGUGCCUGGAGGGCAUGGUGACUGCCGCCAAGAAUGUAGAUGAGCGCAAGGACACAGUGAUUGUGGUAGAGUCGUUUAAGUCAGGCUUCGAGCCCCCAGCAGACUUCCCCUUCGAGGACUUCAGUCAGAACAUCCAGCGCACGGGGUCAGACGGCAUCAUCGGAACCCCCAAAAAUGAUGCAGGCAAGCCUGACCCUAAACACACGAUCGGAAAGGCCAAGAACAAACUGUGGCUGUUCGGGAAGAAGCCCAAAGCUCCAAAUCUGGAAGACCUCAGCCAUCUUCCUCCAGAACAGAGACGCAAGAAACUACAGCAGAGGAUCGACGAGCUUAGCCGGGAACUGCAGAAAGAAAUGGACCAAAGAGAUGCACUAAACAAAAUGAAGGACGUUUACGAGAAGAACCCACAGAUGGGUGAUCCGGGGAGUCUUCAGCCAAAAAUCUCAGAGACCAUAUGCAACAUGGAGAAGCUUAGAUCAGAGAUCCACAAAAAUGAGACAUGGCUGGCAGAGGUGGAAGGGAAGCAGAGUUCUCGAAGCGACCGGCGGCCCAGUUCAGAUGUCAAUCAUCAUGCACCUCACGGCAGAGAGAGUCCUGAGGGUAGCUACACAGAUGAUCACAGCCAGGAACACAGGACACUUCCAGAGCCCGAACGCCAUGACUUUGAUGAUGAGUUUGAUGAUGAUGAUCCCCUUCCUGCUAUCGGGCACUGCAAAGCACUCUACUCUUUUGAUGGUUCUAACGAGGGGACGCUGAUCAUGAAGGAAGAAGAGAUCUUGUACAUCAUAGAAGAGGAUAAAGGAGACGGCUGGACGAGAGUUCGUAAGCAGAGCGGCGAGGAGGGAUACGUGCCCACGUCCUACGUGGAGAUUACGCUGGAGAAACACAGCAAAGGUUCCUGAGUGGAUGAGUGGGGCUCUGGUGUUGGUGGAGGGGACACGCUGCUCUGGGGCUAUUAAUAGGUAGUGCAGGGGGUUUCAGACUAAAAGACUAAAACUGAGGAAAGAAACGGGAUAUAGUGAGGGCAGGUUGCAUGUGUGCAUGCUGACUCUCAUUUCCAUUAACAUCAUGUUUCCUGUUACAGCAAAGCUUGUCGUAUAGAUAGAAAUGGACGUGGGGUUGGGGGUGGGGUAUAAAGCGAGGGAUCGGCAGCAUGGUAGAAACGGUAGAAACCCAAAGAGCUGUGCUAACCUGACGCAUUUAUCCUAAACUGUGCCUGGCUUCUAACACUUUGCCUUGUUGCACUCCAUUCCAGUGCUGUCUUGGGAACUUAGGUCUUCCCAUAGCUUGCCUUAACAUGCAUGAUGUGAACAUGCCACUCCCUAUUUCGGGGCUGACCAAUCAGCCCUCGUUUGGAUGUAACCACUUGUCUGUGUCUAAUCCUUUGUCACGCCACUUCUGUGAUGUCUUGUCAUUGUUGUGUAUGUAUUUUUUUGUUCAUUUUGUCUUCAUGCUCCAGCUUCUCCAUCAUAAAUCAUGCAUCAUGCAUCAUGUAAAACGCUAAACUGAGCAUGAACAAACCAGAGUAGAAGCAGGGUGGGACCACAGUAGCCGCAUCACCAAUUCCCAACAUGAGCCGAACCAAGCAUGGCUCUCAGUACCAGCUGGGAUCGGCGAGGGGCGACACAUCACCAUAUACAGCUGACCAAAGGCUGGACGAUCCUCUGAUAUCCAAGCAACACUCCGAUGUUACUUACAGCCAAACACUUUUUAUUACUCGGUUCUCCACCAGCUUGCAAUAUUAAAUUGAAGAACAUGCUGUGAACACGUUAUAGCUUCUUUAUGAGCGUCCGCAUUAUCAAACGUCCGUCUCUCUGUGUGUGUAUGUAAAUGUUUUAUGCAUAUAUUAAACAGUGUGUGCUUACAUAUGUACGUAUGCACAUGUAUAUAUCUAGCUAGGUUUUCUUACUGAUUUGUAAGUAUUAACAACUUUUCUUUCGUACUGAAUGUGUUUUUAUUGUCUUUUAUAGGGUUUUUAAUCGAACAGUUUCUCUUUCAAGGAUCACAUGGUUAUCUCUUUGUAAUCAAUACUUCUUUUCAUCUGAACACUAUUCUGCAUAGGACUCUGGUCUUAACCGAUGCACUUUUUUACCCUGUUUUAUUUGAAUUUGAACAGAAAUGAGUAAAUGUAUGAAUGAUGUUUGGUCUGUCUGCUACUUUUUGUAUAAAUAUAUUGUACAGCCAGAUAACAGUGACCACUAUUCUUAAUUGGUUGAUCGAGUAAGAGCAAACCAGAAAUAAAUGAUGAACCUCUGUCUCAUA